AUGGGGGCAAGGGCUAUGCAAGGAAGGAGGAGAGAAAGGGGAGAUGGGACGAAGGGGGAUAAGGAGGAGGCGAAGAUACACUUAUCUAUUUUGCUGUCUAAGAGGAGGCGAGUGGCGGUGGAAGACAGAAUUCGGAAAGAAUCCCCACUGCUGCGUCUGCUGCAGCAGCACAACCGGGACACGGCCGACUGGCUUCAAGACCUGGACAGGCGGCUAGAGAGGGAUGCAGCACACCUCAACACCGUACUCGACCGAGCCAUACAGCAACUGAGCGAGGAGAGGGAUAAGGCAGACUCUCAGGCAACGGUGGUGGAUCAAGCGACAGCAGACGCGAUUCUGAGGGCUCCCAGCGUAGAGACGGCGUCUGCGGUUCUAAGGGACAUGCAGGCAACCACUGUUGACCUGAGGAAGCUUGCAGAGAAAGAAGGGCGGGAGCGGGAUAAGGGGAGAGUAGGGGCGAACGGGGAGGGAAAGGAGGGGAUGGAGGGGGAGAGGAGAGGAGAGGCGGGAAGGAGGGGAGAGGGGGAGAGGAGGGAGGAGGAGAAAGGGCCGCUUGUGGAGUGUUUGGAGCUCUACACUCGAGCUCAGGGGCUCGAGAAGAGGUUCCAUGGAGAUCUACCAGCAAUGGGACAGGGAGGUGGCAGUGAGACAGUUCGUGCUAGGGCGACUCAAGGAAUUGGACCGGUACCGGCCGCUGCGGAGGGGCUGUGCUGGGAGGAUACCUGCUGCUCCUGCUGGUUCAGUGCUGCUCAGGCCACUGGCUGCUUCCCCCCCCGUCCCUCCCCCCCACCAGCCCUGCAGAUCUACCAGCAAUGGGACAGAGAAGUGGCAGUGAGGCAGUUCAUGCUGGGGCGGCUCAAGGAAUUGGACGGGUACCGCCCGCUGCUGAAAGAUCUGAGGAUCAGUGCUGCCCAGGCCAACGCCACCGCUGCGGCCAUGGACGCUAAAAACCAGACAACCGAGGAGGAACAACCCAGAGGCAGUGGGGCAGUUCAUACUGGGGCGACUGAGGGAGCUGGAGGGGUGGUUUUUGAGAAUUCUUAA